GAUCGUCGCGCCAGUCUUGCCGUGGACGCGCUUCCAGCCGGAUCGCGACUAAACAUAGGAUUAUAGUUCUGGUAUACGCCCAAAGACGUGAAUAAGUUAUAAGUGCAACAGAGACGACCUCCUGGAAGAAUUUUGUGAGCAGUAAAAAUCAACACGGAUGCAAUUUGUAGUUGAUUAGUUCGUGACUCAAGAAAUUAGUGAUUUAUCAGCAGAAGGAUAAUUGAAUCUAACAAGGAAGAUCAUCUUGAUAGAGAAAGGACCAGUUCAUACCGAAUCACCAUCACAAUGAAGUACACCAAAGCGCUCACGCCCGCCGACGAAGACUACAAGUUCCCGUUCGGCGAGGAGCUCCGCAAGCUGGCCGAGGAGGAACUAGGCGAAACGGACGCCCGCCGCGAUCACGCCCUCCAGAUGCUGCGCGAGUGGGCCGAGAAGAACCCGCGCAUCGCCAAGAUCCGGAUGGAUUCCAACUUCUUCCUGAAGUUUUUGCGGGCGAAAAAGUUCAGCAUUCCGAUCGUGCAGGACACGAUCGAGCGGUACAUUUUGCUGAGGCGUACGAGGGACGGGCAGUUGUUUACGCGGCUGGACUGUCGCGAUCCGAAGGUGGCCAAGCUGCUGGAUUUGGGGUACAUGUUUGCGCUGCCGAAGCGGGAUCGCAAUGGGCGGAGGGUGAUCUUCUACCGACCGGGCGUGUUCGACCUGAACGAGUUCAUCAACGAGGACAUGCUGCGCAUUCACGGAAUUUGUUAUGAGACUUUGGCGCACGACGAGGAGAAUCAGAUUCGUGGGGUUGUGCAUGCCGGGGUUGGGACGGGGAUCGGGUUGCAGUACUUGACGUUGUUCUCGAUCAAGGAAGCGGUGAGGAUCGCGAAGAACGGAGAGAGGAUCAUUCCGAUGAGACAUCGGGAGAUGCACGGCUGCAACAUCAACCCGGCGCUCAAAGUGGCCAUGGAGUGGGGUUUGUCGCUGAUUUCGGAGAAGCUACAGAAGCGAACCCGGGUCUACACGGACAUCAAGGACAUCGACAUGGACCGGAGUCUGCUGCCGAAGGAGUACGGCGGCGAGAUGCCGAUGGCGGAGAUGAUCAAGCUGUGGAAGAAGGAGUUGGAGGGCUAUCGGUCAACGCUGCUGCACGAGGACCAGAUGGCCGUCAAUCUGCACAUGUACUCGGAGGCGGCCAAAGCAGGGGCGGUGAGCGCGCUGAAGCAGAAUCUUAACGGAUGUCUCGAAGCUACCGAGAAGAACGGAAGUUACGGGUUGGCGGGAAGUUUUCGGAAGCUAGAAGUCGAUUAAAACUGGAUCGUCUCUCUCUUUCUUCAAAU